AUGUGGCACGAGGCGAGAAGGUCGGAGAAGAAGGUCCAUGACAUGAUGGACGCGGCUCGAAAACGAGCACAGAGACGAGCGAUUUACCUCGCCAAACGCCGUGGAGAUCCUCAACAAUCAAUUCAGGUCGCUGGUUCUCGUGCUCGAGCUUAUCGAGACGACGCUCUUUAUCAAGCCACCGAAGAUCAACAGGGCCUGAUACCUUGGAAUGGGAAACAGGAUAUUUUGAUUGACAGAUUUGAUGGACGUGCUCUGCUUGAUUUCAUUCGAGAUAGUAGUUUUAGGCGUGUCCAGGAAAAGUCGGAGGAGGAAGAAGAAUUAGAAGAGUUUGUUAAUUUUGAGCGUUAUCGGGAUUUAGUAAAGCAUCGGCGUAGAGGAUUUACCGAUGAGGAGGCUUUGCAACAUGUAAAUCUAGAAAUGGAGGCCAAAGCCACUGCUCCAUUUGUAUCAGACAGAUCUAAUACGUCACAGCCUGCUCCAAGCAAGGGAUCUUACUCACAGGUUGGGUUUUCUUAUGAAGCAAACGGAAAAGAGGAAUCCCAGAUUUCAGAUGAUGAUGAUGAAGAAGAUGAAGAUGACGUGGAUGAUGAGGAGUUUAACAGUGAUGAUAGCAAUGAUGAAGGAAUGGAGGUAAUUGCCAAAGAAUAUGGGGUCAAAAGGUAUGGUUGGCUUGUUUACAUGGAUAAGAAAGCCAAGGAGGAACAAAAAAGGCAAAAGGAGAUUAUCAAAGGUGAUCCAGCAAUUAGGAAACUGAGUCGGAAAGAAAGAAGGAAGGCUUCUCAGGUUGAAAGGGAGCGAGAACGAGAUGCUACCCGGACAUCUGGAACUCGUGUGCUACAUCAUGACCCCUACCGGGAAUCAAGGCAAAGUCCUACUUACGAAGCUUAUUCUCGUUCUAGGAGGUCAAGGUCCAGAUCACGGUCCUACUCCCCAUCCUAUGCAAAGCGUUAUUCACGGUGCAGUCAUUCUGAUGAUAUUCUCCGAAGCAAACCAAAGACUCCUAAAAUAGAAUACAUAACUGAAUUUGAAGGAUCUGGAGAGGCAGAUGGAACUAAGCGUGAAGGGUUUUCUCCACCGCGAUCUCCUACAUCUCGAGUUGAUAUGCUAAACCGGUCAUCAUCUGGUUGCAUACUCGAAGCAUUGCAUGUCGAUCCUGCUUCUGGUGUAUCUAUUGAUAAAGGUGCUAAAGUCUUGAAGCCAUCUGUAAGCACAUCUUCAGGCUCGGCACUAGCAAAAUUAAAGGCAAGUGGUUCUGGAGGGCUCUUAAAACCUCAACCAGGGGAGAAGAAAGAAACUCCUCAAGAGAGACUUAAAAGGAUCAUGAACAAACAACUAAACAAACAAAUUAAAAAAGAUACUGCUGCAGAAAUAGCUAAGAAAAGAGAGCAGGAGCGACAGAGGCAGGAAAAGCUUGCUGAAACUAGUCGAUUGAGUAGGUAUAGACGCCGCAGCCGCAGCAGAAGUUACAGUCGUUCCCCUCCAAGAUACAGGCGUAGUAGUAGAAGUCCAAGUCGAAGUAGGGGUUCAAGAAGAUAUCACUCUAGUUCCCGCUCUCAUUCAAGAUCCCCUUCCCGUACCCGUUCUCGGUCCCCUUCCCGCAAUCGUUCUCGGUCCCCUUCUCGCAUUCAGUCCCCUUCUCGAUCGCGCUCUCCUUAUUCUCGUUCUCCCAGAAAGUUGACAUUUCAGGACAAGAAACCGUUCAAGGCACUGAUGAAAACACUGCAUGAAAGGCCAAUGAGGCUUGAAUGCAAUAUGUUUAUUUAUUGA